AUGUGGACCAAACCAAUCUUGUUAAACAAGGAGAGUGGAGUGUGGUCGGACAAUAUCAUAAUUUACGAUGUGGAGAAAAAAGAAGUUGCAACCCAGUGGUCCAAUAAGCAUCAAGGUGGAUGGAAACCUCAGUUCACACAAGAUGGCAAGUUUAUGGCCAAAAACUUUAACAACAAAGAGAUCCACUUCUACGAUACAACCACCAACAUGGACAUCAAAAAGCCAUCCUACAAAUUCCGUUUACAGGAUAGCAGCGCCACGUUCCAGAACUUCCAGUUGAGUCCUGGUUUGAACCCUGCCGUGGCAGUAUUUAUCCCCGAGAAGAGUGGUAAACCUGCGCAGGUUUUGAUCUACAAUAUUCCCAGCUUCAACCAACCUAUCUGCACGAAAUCAUUCUUCAAGGCAGAGAAGUGUCAGUUGAAAUGGAACGCUUUAGGUACGGCGUUAUUGGCUUUGGCUUCUACUGACCACGAUACAAGCAACAAGUCUUACUACGGAGAAACUAACUUGUACUUGUUGGGCAUUGCCGGUCUGUAUGAACGUAUUGACUUGAAGCGCGAAGGUCCUAUUCAUGAUAUUACGUGGUCACCUUCGGCUAGGGAGUUUGCUGUCAGUUAUGGAUACAUGCCAUCGGAAACCACCUUCUUCGACGCUCGUGGAAAUGCCAUCCACUCUUUGCCCACUGCACCAAGAAAUACCAUUUUGUACUCACCACAUGGCCGUUUCGUCUUGGUGGCCGGCUUUGGUAAUUUGCAAGGUACAGUGGAUGUGUACGACCGCCAGGAUAAAUUCAGCAAGGUUUGUACGUUUGAGGCAUCUAACACAUCCGUUUGUGAAUGGUCACCAUGUGGCCGCUUUAUCUUAACUGCAACCACAUCUCCUAGAUUGCGCGUUGACAAUGGCUUGAAGAUCUGGCAUGCGAGCGGUAAGUUGGUGUACUGCAAGGAUUAUGCUGAGUUGUUUAGCAUUCUGUGGAAGCCACAGCCGAUCGAAAAGUUCCCUCCUUUAAGGCAAUUGGAAGCUUGCCCGGAACCACAGCAAUCGGCAAAGGACUUCCUCGCCAAGAAGGCUGCUUUGGGUGGUAAUGGUGGUGUGAAAAAGGCGGGAGCUUACCGUCCUCCACAUGCUAGAAACUCUGGUGCUGCAUCUACUGCCACAUCUUUGUAUCAGAAAGAGUUGCAAGGAGGCAGCAGCCCGGCACCAUCAGGCACUUUCGUGCCGGGUGCCGGAGCUCGCCGUGUGGUUCCUGGUGCCGCGCCAGCGCCAGCACCUAAAGAGUCAAAGACUGCGGCAAAGAACAGAAAGAAGCGUGAGGCUAAAAAGGCUGCUAGUGGAACUCCAGAGGUGGAAGCACCAAAAGAAACACCGAAGGAAGGUGUAGCCGGUGUUAUUGGUGGCGUGGUAUCUUUGGAAGAGAAGAAAAUCAGGCUGUUGUUGAAGAAGCUCCGAGCCAUCGAAACAUUGAAGAUGAAACAGGCACAGGGCGAGCCAUUGGAGGACACGCAGGUGAGCAAGAUCAACAAGGAGGACGACAUCCGCAAGGAGUUGAGCGAAUUGGGAUGGGCAGAGUAA